GUUUAGUUAGUUUGGCCUCAGAGAUCACUAGUGCGCCGUGAUCGCGCUACUCUAAACGUACAACUUGUCCAAGAUGAAACUCAUACUAGCUCUCCUACUUUGUGUAGCGGUUUGCCGCGCCGAUGACUUAGCAUCAGCUGCGGGACAAAUAUUUAAUAGCAUUCUACCAAAUUUGAUCAGUAACUCUGUAACCGGUCAACAAGGAAAUACCGCCACAAACACUCUAAAUCAAAUAGGAGCUGUUGUAGGAGGAGUUGUCGACUAUGCUCACAAGAAGAGUUACGAAGACAUGCUGCGUCAAGUGCAAGAUUCGACAACUGACGACGACCUGCUCCGUAUCAGUGAAGAAAUGUUCAACGCGGAUAUUAACAACGCAUUCAACUACAUUCAGGUCAAUCUGCAAGGCAAAACCAGUCCUAUGUCAAAAAACGACGAAGCGCAGUCAAAUCUUUUAUCGGUUCCGGAGAACGUAUGGAAUGGACCGACAAUCAGACCUUUUGCUGCUCUCUUCGACAAUUACCACAAAAACGUGAUUAGACCGGAAUUCGUAACACCAAAUGAAGAAACAGAACAGAUAACAUACAUAAACACCAUUUUGGCCACAGGCCCGAUAAGAACUUUAAUGAAUUUCCUCGUCAGCAAAGGUUUGAACCAAAUGAACGAGUACAACGAACAAACGCAAUUGUUGAAGAAAAUAUGGUUCACUAAAUAUGCACGCCACUGGACCGGCCUGUGCAAGUGCAGCUGUGCCUUCGAAAACAUAUUCAUGGCUGAGCUUAAAUCAAAUGACGUAUUAGGUCUACAUAGUUGGUUGUUCUUCGCUAAACGCGAAAUGGAUCACAAAGCAAACUACUUGGGAUACAUCGACAAACUUGACUUGUCUGGCAAAGGAUUGAUUCUAAAGCAACAUUCCAUUCUCAGUGAGACCAAAGACGCUCCAGAGCUCACCAUGUUUGUAGGCACUUCCCCUGAGUUGGAAACCGCUCUGUACACCCUAUGCUUCAUGGCGCGCCCGGACCGCCCUUGCAAGCUGCGAUACAACAACGUACCCUUCACCAUACACACUAAGACAGUAAAAUCUGAAAACAUUCUGCUUAUUGACACUGCUUAUCCAAGUUACUAAUUUUGUACAAAAUAGAUUUAAAAAAAUAUUUGUAAAAAUGUACCAAGAAAUAUGUAUAUGAUGUAGGUAGUUACGUUUUUACGUAUGAAGGUGGACCAUGACUUACUAUGUAAUAUUUCACCGUUAUUUACAUGAAAUAAAUACUUUACAUUCAUA